UCUACUAAAAGUGUGUAAAAGUCAUAAUAUUCAAACUAGUGAAAAAUCGGUGAAUCGCUGAGACUGACUAUAACUUCGGUUUCGAAAAAAAAGAACUCUUCAACGAGCUUCACCGGGAUUCACAGUUCUGGACAGCAGCAUGCAGGCCUCAACUGCUAUCGAAACAAACAGCGACGACGGUGUCAUCCUUGAUAGCGGCAACAUUGAUGAUGUCGACCACAAUUUCCAACAAAAACUAGUAGUAAAUAUUAAUACCGGUGUUAGAUCGCGUAAAGGUGUUCAUUUGGACAGUGCUGCCAGCGCCGGCUUGAUCCCCUUCAUGGUGCAAAACGGUGCCCAGCGAUCGUUGGAACUACUGAGGCACAUUGUCGCCCAGGAACAGCGCAUGUCGACUGCUGGUGACGUGAAAGUGGUGUUCAUCGAAAUUAGCGAAUUGUGCUGCGCUACCAAGGUGAACGAUAAACAAAUUAUCUUCUGCAACAACUUCCAACGGGACGAGCCUCCUGUGGGUCGGCCAGUUCCUCGUCGUUCGUCAACUGGUUCGUACGAUUGUUUGCGGAUAGUGACAGCGGUUGCGGUCGAUAGUAGCCAUUUGUUGGAUUACCUGCGGGUGGACGAGAAAGGAUCUGGUUCCGGUAGAACAGAAGUGCAGGCCUGCAGCGAGAUUUGUCGUUUGAAAACGACGGAACAUCCCGCUAGCGGUUCGGCCGCCUGGAGUGGUGAUUGUGGUGACGUAUCCGGAAGUGUCAAACUUUCCAUUGGUGGCAAGAGUCGAAAGGAAUCUUCCCUCACGAAGCUAACGAGAGGAGUUUAUAGGCGUGCCCCAUUCGGUAGUGACUGUUUCGAGCAGUUCUGUGUCAAGUGCCGGAUUUAUCUGUUGGAAAACUUUCAAAAGUUUAAAAACAACUUUUCCAUUAUGUCACGUUUGGGUGGCAAAGAUUGCGCACCUAGCAUAGUGUCUCGCCAUCUUGGUGAAGGAGGUGGCGGAUCCGGCAGUGGAACUGGACACGGAGAUCGUAGAAAACCUUUCUCUCGACCGUUCAACAAGUCUCGCCUGGAAUCAUCGGCUACAGGGGCCGCACCAUCAUCAUCCAGGAUGUUGAGUCCACCAUCACCGGACACUAGCUCUUUGAUAAGGCAAAACAAUGAACUGCGUCAUCGCCUGCAAGAGGAGGCAAGUAAUUACCGACGCCGCCUCGAGACGUACAAACAGGCUCAAAACAAUCAGGCAGCACUUGUCAGUCGCUUGCAGACAAAAGUACUACAGUACAAGCAACGUUGUACCGAACUGGAGCAAACACCAGCUCAAAGUUCUUGCCCGGUGUACAAUGCACGGGAAGCAUCUCCGAGCCGGCAUCGUCAUGUACCAUCUUCGGCGGUGUGUACUACCGCUGCAACGGCAGGUCCUUGCCCUGGGAACGCUCCGCUAAGUCUACCACCCUGCCCGGUGGUAGCGAGAGAACGAUCACGCUCGAGAUCCCGGUCGCAAUCACCGUGUCGCAAAUAUGCUGACGGUGGCCACGAUGAGAUCCGACAUCAGCUCGAUGAGGAACGACGACGCUGCGAAAAGUUACUGGUCGAGAACUCCUGCCUGCGCCAGCAGCUGGAGGAGUCCCAACGAUCCAACGAAGCGUUGACCAAUGAUCUCCAGAAGCUUACCACGGACUGGGAAAGCUUACGGGAUGAACUACUGGCCAAGGAGGACGAAUGGAAGGAGGAAGAACAGGCUUUCAACGAUUAUUACAACAACGAGCAUACCAGGCUGCUUAAAAUGUGGCGCGAAGUCGUAAAUAUGAAGCGCAUGUUUAAGGAGAUGACUUCGACCACAAAGAUGGAGUUAGGCCGAAUGCAGCUGGAGCUAACCGGAACUACCCGUGAAGUAUCUGGUGCCUGCAGUGGAGUUUCUGUGAAUCUGAAGCAAUCAUCUAGAAUAGAGGAAGCACAGCAAAUGCACAUUGAACGGGAAAAUAUCGAACUGAAGUCGCAGCUGGGUGAGCUUAAAUUGCAGCACGAAAACGCCAAGCAUGAAAUUGCUCAGCGAGAUCAACGACUUCAGCAGAUGUUGCAGAACCUUAAACUGAUGGAAGAACGCAACGCCCAAGCAGAGGGUCAAGUUGGACAGACGCAGCGUUUGAACGAUGAAUUAGAACGUCUGCAGGGUGCGUUACGUGACAUAGCGCACGCAGUGGUGCAAGAUGCCGAGACAUCAGCAGCAAACGUUGAAACGGACAACAACAUUUCGGCGCACCAUCUUCACCUAUCACAGUCGGGUAGUGGACUUACGGCUCAACCCAGGUCACCAAAGCGCGGCACCCUCCGGACAUCGCAAGCUUUCGCCGAGGGAACCAUUUCCGCCGUACAGGCGGCAUUGCACAAGUAUCAAUUAUCCAUUCAUGACUUGCAGGUAAAGCUGCAAUCCAACAGCGACGCCCUGACAGCCAGCAAGAAACAACUGGAAAACUGCGAGCAUACCCGUGAAGUCCUGACCGGAAAGGUAUCCGAAUUGACCGAGAAGCUGGACUCGGCCAACCAUCAACUGUCGGAGUUGUACAAAGAGCGGGAUAGUUUACAGAAGACGCUAGACGGACUACGCACUGAUAAGCACUCCGUUGAAAGGGGAAAAGCAGAACUGAAUUCGAUCGUUGAUAGUCUUAAUACGGAUUACGAAAAACUACAACACGUCAAUAGUAAACUACAGAAAAUGUACGAUUCGUUAGAGGACGAGAAAAAGAUGGUGGAAAGCGAACUGCAGCGUGUACAAAAGGAUAAGGACCUUCAGGAAAUGAAUCUCAGAGCUGAAGAGGAACGUUCGAGCCGUCUUCGGGAGGAAACCAUCACACUAAGGGAGGAGCUGAACAAACUAUACCUAGCGCGUGAUUUGCUAGAACAGCAGCGAAUCGAAUCGGAAGGAUUGCUUAAUAUAAUCGAGAAGCAAAAGUUGGAGCUAGAAUAUGAGCUGGAUCGGACCGUUACCGAGCGAGAUGGGCUGCUAAUUAACCUGGAUAAAAAAGGUUCCUCCAACGAGCAUUUGGAGAUGGAAAUUAAGCAGCUUAGAGAAACUAUCCUUCAGCUUGAAGAUGAACGAGGCAAACUAAAGACACAGGUUUCCGACCAUGCAGUAGAUUUAGCUACGUUGAAAAAAGAAUUGAUAUCAGCGGAACAAGCUCGAUUGGAUCUAGAUUCGGAAAAGUUGACAAUCAGUGAACGAUUAAAAUGCUUAGAAAUGGAAAAGGAUAAAAUUGAACAGGAGCUGAGCUGCAUCGGUAGGGAAAGAAAUGAUAUAAGUAAUCAACUGGCCACCAUUUCACGUAAGAAGGAAACUAUUGGUGAGGAAGUGAUGCGGCUCAGACAACGAUUGGAACAGGCUAAUGAGAUGAAUGCUAGACUAAAUCGGAGCCUGGAAGAAUUAGUUAAAGAGAGCGAAGAAAAAUCAGUUGCGAUCGAAAGUCACGAAAAAGAACUUCAGCGAUUACAGGAGCAACUGGCCUCAUUACGCAGCGAAAAAGAAUCACUGGAGGCUGUGCUGUUCGACACCAACACAUCACUAGAGGAAGCCGAAGCCCGCAAGGACGCGCUGGAGCGAGAAAACCAGGAUUUGUUAAUCAAACAGGAAUCACACAAGGCCCUGAUCGCUCGCUUGAACAAGGAUCUAGAAAACGCGGAACGUCGUGCGCAGGACAUUAAAAUCCAGCUGACAAACGCAGCUGCCAAUCAGGAAGCCGAAUUCCUGCAGAAGUUGUCCAAUUUGCGUACUUUUGGCGAAGAAAAUAUCAAGAAGCUGAAUGAGGAAAAGGAAGCCAUUCGAAGUUCGUUAGAAAAACGAAUGAGCCAAGCUUUGCAGGCAAUGCAAGGAUCAAAGGACGCGGAAAUUCAAGCACUCAAAGAGCAGUUUGAAACACUCCAGAUGCACCUCGAAGCUCUAAAUCAGCAGCAUGAAGAAACGAUUCUUCGGGCGGAGAACGAAAAACAGCAAGCGCUACUAAUUGCACAUCGAGACAAGCAAGCCGUUAUGGAGAAGUUGGACGGCGUAACUCGAGAGCUCAAGCUAGAGCUCGACAACAGUGACCGGUUAAAGAGAGAGAUGAUGGCUCGUCAGGAAAAGGACCGAACCACCAUUGGCUGCUUACGCGACGAAAUUUCCAAGAUGCGUGCCAAAAUGGAGGAAGCUCGCAUCAGAGCCGACGAGGAAUUGAACCGCCUAGAAGUAAUGCAGGGCGCGUUGAGAGAAGAGAAAGAUGCUGCUACGAAAGAAAUUGAAGAACUGAAGAUCCAAGUGAGGUUGGCAGAGGACCGCUGCGAUGCUGUUCACCUACAAUUACAGGAUACUCACCGAAAGCUGAAGGAAGCGGAAAAUUGUAUUGAUUCCACGAGGAAAGAAUUAACAGACACACGAAGAACGUUGGCUGAUAGUAAUAUCGAACGUGACAAGUAUGCGAACAGUAACAAAGAGUUAAGGGAUCAUGUGAAGCGAGUCGAAGGACAACGUCGCGAGCAGGUCCGUUCAAUGGAUGAUGCUCUACAGAAAAUUGCCGGUCUUGAAGAAUCUCGCAAUCUACUGGAACAGGAGAAGGUUCGACUGCAGACUAUUCUGAAGGAAACAGAGCAUAACAUGUCUAAAAUGGGACAGGAAUUGUCGACAGCACAAUGUAACAUUCAGAAAUAUCAAUCACAGACAAACCAGAACGAUGCUGCCGAGAAAGAGCUUCAAGCGCGGCUAGCAAAUGAAACAGAAGAAAAGGAACGUACUUUACAGGAACUACACCAGAUCAAGAAACAGCUGGCUGACUUGGAGGGAUCACUGUGUGCCACCCGUCAGGAGCUGGGCCGUGUUCGUUGCAAAGCCAACCAGGACGAACAUCGCUUCCAUCAGCGUGAACAAGAACUAUGCGCUAGGAUGGAAGAUGGCAGAGGGCGAGAAAAACGGUUAGAAGAUCAAAAGCAUAAUCUAGAGGUUUGUCUAGCGGAUGCUACACAACAGAUUCAGGAGUUAAAAGCAAGGCUAGGAGGAUCAGAGGGGAGGGUUCGAGCAUUAGAUGAACAGAUGGUUCAGCUGGAAGCUAUCAAGAAGGAAACGGAAAACAAAUUGAGCUCAAUCGGGCAUACUUUGCGUCGCAUCGCCGGUAUUCAGAUGGACGGUUCGGUAAGUUUACCGUACCGGUUGCUUAGUCCAUCCAGGAGAUACAGUCCGGCUCGUGGACGAAGCGAACGGGACGAAUUUCAUCAUCAUCAUCACCAUCAUCACGAAACUCGCAGUUUAUCGGGAGAUAAUGCGAUCAUCGAUGUCGAUCCGGAGAUGGUUCGCAAAGGAGUGCGUACGUUAAUGCAACAGGUGGCCCAAAUCGAACGCGAACGGGAUGACUUUAAAGUGCAGCUGUGCUCAUCCAAGAAACAACUUCAGGAAAGUUGCGACAACCAGAUGCGUUUAGAGGGAAAAAUCUGUAAACUUCAACAGCAUAAUCGAGCGGUUAACGAAGACAAGACCAAUCUAGAGGCGAAGUUGGCACAGAAAAUCAGCUCACUUCAUUCUACAGAGGAGACACUACGUCAGAAAAAUGACGAACUGAAUGUCACUCGCGAGAAGGGUAUUCAUUUAGAACAAUCGCUGGCGAGUUUGACCGAAGAGAAGGGACAGCUGGAAGAGCGACUGGAGAAAUGUAGACAGCAUGCAUGUCGUUUAGAAUCCGACAAACGGCACUUGCAGGAGGAGCUCACGCGAACCGAUGGUCGCGCAUCAAAGUUGGACCUGCAACGGGUAGCUUUGGAAGGAGAUAUUCAACGAUUACAAAUGGCACUUCAAGAGAAGGAUUGUACCAUAAGAAAUCAACAGGAGCGACUAGAGAACCAUCAACGAACUUUAACACAACUUGAGGAUCGUUGCGCAGCACUCAAGAGCACCGUUGAUCAGCUGAAGGAACGUUUACAGGCUGCAGCCAUAACGGAAACGGAACUGCGAGGUGAAAUCACUGGCUUACAUCGCCACACAGCCGACCAAGGGCAUACAUUCGCACUCGGACAGGAUAAGCUGAAGCAGCUGCAAAAGUCGCUCACGAACAGCGAAAAUGAGCGCCGAGUUCUCUCGGAACGGUUGGACGCUUCUCAGCAUACGAUCAACGAGCUGAGACGCAACCAGCAGGCCGUUCAGGAUCAGACGCAGCGUCUGCAGGAGCAAAUGGCUGAGUGCGAGGUCCAGAAGUCGGCUCUCGAGUCGCAGCUUAGAUUGGCCAAAUGGAACCAGGAGAAUUCGGAGCAGUUUGGAGCGACCGCUGGUAGCGAUCAGGACCUUGCUCGUCAGUUGGUCAACUCUCAGCGGGAUCGCACGGAAUUGAGGAAUAAGGUCGAAGCACUGCACGAGAAAGUUAGACAUUUGGAGAAUGAGAAGCGCGGUUUAGAAAAGAGUAGUAAAUUCUCUGGCCACGUGCAGUAUGAUCGUUCCGAAAAGAGCCUAACGGCAGAUCGUGGUGAGUUUGAUUCGAAUAGGCUCGAAUCGGGCAGCUUCGCUGGUUCAACGACGGCGUUAAAGUACAGCUGUGGUCUUGAUCACGGCCAGAUCGAGCAGGAAAGUCGAGAGCUGCGCAUCAAAGUGCGUCGAUUGGAAACGUUACUAGCGGAAAAAGAGGCCGAACUGGCAAGGGCUAAAGCGAAGAUGGUUGAGUCACCCGUAAAAACUAGCGGAUGUGGAGGAAUGAGCGGUGACGUUGAACGCUAUCGGACUGCGCAAAUUCAAGCAGAGCGGUUGCUGGAUGCAAGAGAGCAGUCCCAUCGUCAGCAGGUGCUACGGUUGGAAAAUCAAAUCUCAAUGUUGCGAGAACAGCUCGCACAGGAAGCCAAGCGAAGACAGAUGUAUAUUCUGAGAAGCUCACGUGCUGGUAGAGAAAUGCAGCAAUUACGCCAAACGUUGGGCGAUUCGUUAAGAAACGUAGCGCAGGAUCCGAUCGAUUCCAGCGUGUUGGAGAGUGAGGCGAGAAGAUUGGACAGCGCCGUAUCGUUAAGCUUACCGCCGACCACUUCACGUGACUACGAUUGUGCAUUAAGUCCUACUUAUCGCUGAACUAUCGAGCUGCGAAAAGGAAAAGCAUGUAGCGUACCAUUAUAGUAUUUGGAAUCGGACCACUGCCUUAUACUUAUACCAAAGAUAAAAAUGCAUUUCAAUCAGUUAAUUGUUACGCGUACAGUUUUGCAAAAACAAUCGUUUGAUGUCGAAUGUAUUACUAAUUUUAACAAAUUCAAGUCUUGUGUAUGCCAGACUUAUAUUAAUCAGUUAUAUGAAUCAACUCACUAGUCCUCUUUUCUUGUUUUGAAAAGAAGAUAUGUAGCGUUAAAGAAGUAUUGGAUAAAUUUACAUAAUUUAAUCACCAUUGCAUAUUAAUAGUCCGCAAUCAUGUCUAUUCUUUUUAAGUCAAAUACCAAGCUGAUUCUAGAGUCAUCCUAUUCUUCAUUAAGAAUAAAACUAAGGUAUGAACGAAGCAAUAUUUAAAGUCACUUUUAACUAUAAUCAUACACGUGUGGGUGUCAGGCUCUACGCACAAGUUUCAAUCAAAUGAACGGCAUGACAAUUUACAAUGCGAGUUCCGAGAUUUAAAACAGCACCAAAACAAACGCAGCAGUAAUUGGGCCCCAAAGCUAUACCAGUUUUUAUAUAUCAUUAGAAUGAGUGGCGUUUUCUGAGCAAAACGUGAUUUUUAAAAAAUGUUUAUCAUUAUCCUUAGAAUUUUAAAAGAAAAAAAAAACUGCUCGAAAUGUCCAAAAUGACAGUUCGCCCAUGUACGGUAUAUGAGCGAACCUGGAAGCGAACUAUCAUUUUGGACAUUUCGAGCAGUUUUGUUCUUUUAAAAAUCGAUAAAUAUUUUUUUAAAAUCACGUUUUGCUCAGAAAAUUACACUCUUUUACCUAAAACAUAAAAAUCAGAAAACUGUGUAAAACUUUGGGACCUUAUUCGCAUUUAUAGACCGUUAGAAUGUAUACGUGCAGUGUAUUGUUGCAUUUAGGGAAAAGAGAGCGGAACUUAAUUUAAUAAUGUUUCUAUAUUUAUUUAUUAUCAUGAACGUCAAUGCUUGAAUUACCAUUUAUUUUGUUUUUGUUUCUUCCGUGUGGUUUUAUGUGCGAAUUGAAAGAGACGAUUUAAAUUCAUCAUAUAAAAAAAUCGUAACAAUUUUUUAUUUUAAAAUAGGCUGUUCUCAUGAUUCGGUUAUACAACACAUCUUUUAAUUGAAUUUUCUUAAACCUAAGCGACUCAUUGAACAGUAUGUAUGUAUCCUCAGCUUUGCAACACAAUGUUCACCAAACCUAGAUGCUGCGUACCGUUUCGUAACGUACCAUUCAUGUUUGACAAAUCACAUCAGAAAUAUGAUUGAAAGUGAUUAAAAUCAUACACAUAAAAAAUAUACGAAUAAUGAAGUAACUUAUAGAAAGUAAA